GUGACUCCGACCUAUGGAUGACUAGAUGUUUUCUGCUUUAUAUGAACAAUGUAGAAGUGUAUUCUCCUGACCGUGUGCAGAGGCAGUUUGGUCAUCGUCAGUUGGUGCCAGUACCGCCCCCACGAGACGCUGGUCAGGCGCACGAGUAAGUGUGUUACUGUAGAUACCAUUUUGAUGUUACAAAAUUUUAACUAUUUAUGUCACAUACAGGAGGAGUGCCCAAGGAAACGCAAGCACCCACGACUGGGCGAAGAUUAAUGCAGAACACAUAACCCGGUGGAUGGAGUCUGGUGCAGUGGAUGUCGUCGUUCCUGCGGGACAGUACGACGAUAGCUCGUACUGGGAGUACCUUGCGUGGUAUCAAUCACGAACGCGUCCCACCUUACUCAGCGGCAGCGUACCGCCAGCCCCUAGACCCUUCCCCGAAGAUCGUGCCCGGCUUCUACAUGUGGUGACCGAAGCGGGGAUCGAAAUGCAUAGGCAUGCGGAGCAUGACCGUUGGGAAGCGAGUGGGUCAGCCACGCGAAGGGAUAGGCACCCUCUCCGAGACUACAUGAGGACGAGAGGGUCUCGCCUUUGGUCCGCGAUACGUGGACUAGGUGGUUGCGCCCCGCGUUGUAGGGCAUACGACGUACCCGCCAUGGACCCGUCCCGUGCCUCCCACAGCAGGCGCUCAUCCAGUGCUCAUGAGGCACAUUCACGGGAGGUCCCUUCGUCUGCGGCACAUCAUGGGACACGUUCUUCUGCUGGAGCCGAGGAGGUGAUACCUGAAGCUCCCGCUCCUGAGGAGUGCAUACUGGGUUCCCAGCCCCCUCCGUUCACACAACCUACUCAAGCUACGCAGACAACUCCACCAGGAUUAUCAACUCACAACGAGGAUGUCAUUGACUGCACACACCAGACGCCCACCUGGAGUGGCACUCAAGAUUUUGACUGGGCUGGUGCAUUGCAAUCGAGCAGCUUCACGGAGCUACUGAGCGGCCAAUACCCCCAAUAUCCCGAUGCACCAGGGGGUUCACACUGGUACCAGGAAGCUGGGACUUCAUCAUUUCGGACUCCCACCGAGCACGUACUACCGGCGGUCACACUCCCGCAUGACGAUCCUACAGCGUGGUAUAUGCAGGGCCGAGUUAGCGGUUCUGGAUACACAUUCGGCGGAGUUGGAACACAUCAUGAAGACGAAGAUGAGGACCAAGGGCACACAUGGCAGGGGCCAGCUCAGGCGGCUGGGAUGAGGGCCACACACCCGCCAGACGCUUACACUCCUGAGGAUUUCUUGCGGCGUAGGCAUCGUUAAAGAGCCAUUUGUACUAUGCCAUACACUAUAUUAUGUACUCAUUUGUACUAUGCCAUACACUUCAGUGUUCAAAUAA